GCACGGGUUGGCGUUCAUUUCCUUGGAAGGUGGGGACAGACGAGCAAGCAAGGGGACACCAGCCGACAACAACAGAAAGACUGUGUGUGUCUUUCUGUUGCAGCAGCUUUCACUCAGAAACGUGAACAGGUUUCCUCUCAACACAAACCCCUCAUUCGGACUUAAUGAAGUCCUGAAGGAUGAGCUUCUGUGGGCGCGUAAUCGCUGUAGGAUGUUGCCUGUGUCUAUCUGCAGCGCACUGUGGGAAGCAUACCAUAAGCAACAACGACCGGACGGGAUUAAAAGACAACAAAGCAAAGUGGAACAGACUGAAUGAAUCAGACGCCACCAUUGUGCCAACAAAGUGUUCUUCCCCACACUUUGAGUCUACCUCCUUCGUGAUGUCCUCUCAUGCCACAACCAUCCAGGGGUCCAAACCAGUGACCCCUCCGCAGGCCUCGGCAGGAUCCCCACGCUCUCCAGUGUCACCAGAGUCCCUUAAGCCACCAGCCUGCAGACAGAGAGACCGCUCGCCCUCCCCCAUGAGAGGCUACCUCAUCCCCAGCCCUCUGCCCACACGCAGAAACAGGACCUGCUCAGCGACAGCUCGUGCAUCGGAGGGCCCAGUGUUUACUGGUGUGUGUAAAUAUUUUUCCCGCUCCAAAGGUCAUGGCUUCAUCACGCCAUCGUACGGGGGCAACGACAUCUUUGUACACAUCUCAGACAUCGAGGGCGAGUAUGUGCCGGUGGAGGGCGACGAGAUGAGCUACAAGAUUUGCUCCAUCCCUCCCAAACACGAGAAGGUCCAGGCGGUGGAGGUGACCAUAACCCAUCUCAACCCGGGAACCAAACACGAGACCUGGGCAGGACACAUUGUCAGCAGCUGAAUGCUGACCCUCGGGGGGGGGGGGGCACAGAGGAAAUGGGGAGGGACGGAGGGGGUGAGAGGAAGAGGAUGAGGAUUGGGUGGGGAGAACUGAAACAGAGGGCUGUCCGGGAGCGGGGGCAGAGGGAAACCCAGGUAAUCUCGUCGGUCCUCCUUGUUUCACGCUCCGACACAGCUGGGAUACAUCGGAGAAAGGCACGACCAACGUCCUGAGGUGACAUGGAGGGAGGUGUCCGCCAUCUCAUAGCUGUGGUGAAAAGUGGGAGAUUUCCUCUGCCCUUCGUGGGAAACGGGUGACUGUCUUUAACUGGUAUAUGAAUAGAUGAAUGAUUACGGUGCAAGAAAUGUUUAUCAUAGACAGAUGUAGAGCAUUACAGUAGCCUUCUGCUUAGAUUUUUUUAGAGCCCUGUGUUGAAACAUGACGUUAGUUGUUUUGAAGUUUUACCUAAUUUGAUGAGGAAAUUAUCUUCAGCUGUUAUGAUUCAUUUUCUGGAAAACCCCAAUACGACUUUGCGGCAUUUGAGAAUAACUUGCUUUGGUGAAGCGUCGAACAACAGACGCUGCUGUAAAAGUGCUGCGUGUUACGUCUGGCAGGUAUACCUGCGUGUGCCUGCUUCUACCUGGAGACGCUCCAGCUCUGUUCGUGCCUGCUUAUACCAAUCGAUCAUCUGUUUUUGACCAUUUGUGGGUGGCCAUAUGAGUGAAUUAAAGCAUUUUCAACUGGUA